GGAAUACAAAAGUGCUUUAUUCUCUUAUUAAAUAAUAAUCAUUUUUUUUAAUCAUUCAAAUUAACAAACAAUUCAAAACAUUGCGAAUUUAAACAUUAUAAAUAAUAAGAUUAAUUUACUUUUUAUACAAUAUUAGAACGAAUCUGAAAUUGUUAUAUAAUGACAUUGAACGGUGUUAAUGGUACAAAUGGUCAUGCAAAUGGAUAUAACAAUAUUGGUACUGAAAAUUCAAAUAAUUCUUCAGUACUUAUAUUUUUUGUGAAUGGAAAAAAGGUAAAAGAUCCUAAUCCAGAUCCAGAAACAACUUUAUUAACAUAUUUACGUGAUAAACUUCAUUUAUGUGGAACUAAAUUAGGAUGUGGCGAAGGAGGAUGUGGAGCUUGUACCGUUAUGGUAUCACGCAUUAACAGAAUUACAAAUGAAGUUAAACAUAUGGCAGUGAAUGCUUGCUUAACUCCAGUAUGUUCAAUGCAUGGUUGUGCUGUAACAACAGUUGAGGGUAUUGGCAGUACUCGUACACGUUUACAUCCAGUACAAGAGAGAAUAGCUAAAGCUCAUGGUUCACAAUGUGGAUUUUGUACUCCUGGUAUAGUAAUGUCAAUGUAUGCUCUAUUAAGAAGUAUGCCUAAACCAAGUAUGCAAGAUAUGGAAGUAGCAUUUCAAGGUAAUUUAUGUAGAUGUACUGGAUAUCGACCUAUCAUAGAAGGAUAUAAAACAUUUACUAAAGAAUUUGCAUGUGGAAUGGGUGAAAAUUGUUGCAAAUUAAAUGGAAAUAAAUGUAAUGACAAUGAAAAAAAUGGCAAUGGUAACUUAGAAAAUAAGUUAUUUGAAAAAAGUGAAUUCGCUCCAUAUGAUCCAACUCAAGAACCAAUAUUUCCACCAGAACUAAAAGUUUCUAGUGUUCUUGACGAGAGCUUUUUAAAAUUUCAAAGUGAUAGAGUCACGUGGUUUAGACCAACAACAAUUGUUGAAUUAUUAAAACUGAAAUCGGAAUAUCCAAAUGCGAAACUUGUUGUAGGAAAUACAGAAGUUGGAGUUGAAGUUAAAUUUAAACAUUUUUUGUACCCGGUUUUAAUCAAUGUUUCACAAAUAAAAGAAUUAAAUGAAAUAAAAAACUGUGAUAAUGGUGUACACAUAGGUGCUUCAGCCAGCUUAAUGAAUGUCGAAAUGUUUUUGAAAAACGAAAUUAAAAAAUUGCCAGGACAUGAAACACGAUUGUAUCAAUGUAUAAUUGAUAUGUUACAAUAUUUUGCUGGCAAACAAAUUAGAAAUGUCGCGUCUAUUGGUGGAAAUAUUAUGACUGGAAGUCCAAUUUCAGAUUUGAAUCCAAUAUUGACCGCAGCAAAAGUAAGUUUGGAGGUUAGAAGCUUUAAAUCUACCAAAGAAAUGACUAGAACAGUUCAUAUGGGGGAAGGGUUUUUCACAAGUUACCGUAAGAAUGUUAUUCAGCCCCAUGAAGUUCUUGUAUCAAUCAAAAUUCCAAAAACUGAACUCAACCAAUACACUAUUGCUUAUAAACAAGCAAAACGUAGAGAUGAUGACAUAGCAAUUGUGAAUGGAGCAUUUAAUAUUAUCUUUAAAACAAACACUAACGUUGUUGAAAAAAUUGAUAUGGCUUUUGGUGGAAUGGCACCAACUACGGUUAUGGCACCAAUAACUUCUAAAUUAUUAGAAGGCAAAACGUGGUCUGAGCAAGUAGUUGAAAUUGCAGCGCAAAGUUUAUGUAAAGAAUUGUCUUUAUCACCGAGUGCACCUGGUGGCAUGGUAUCAUAUAGAAGAGCUUUGGUUUUAAGCUUGUUCUUUAAAACGUACCUGGCUGUGGCACAACAACUAGAAAAUAAUAGAAUAGUUGGAGUUAAGCUUUCAGAAAAAGAAAAGAGCGGUGCUGAUGUAUUUCAUGGCAAAAUUCCCUCAAGUGCACAAUUAUAUGAGAAAAGAUUAGAUUCGACAUCAGUUCAUGAUCCAAUAGGACAACCCAAAGUUCAUUCAUCUGCUUUUAAGCAAGCAACUGGAGAAGCUAUUUAUACUGAUGAUAUACCUAAGGCAGAAAAUGAGCUUUAUUUAGCUUUAGUUUUUAGUCAGAAGACAUACGCAAAGGUUACUUCUGUCGACGCAUCAGAAGCUUUAGAAGUUGAGGGUGUUGAAGCUUUUUUCUCUAGUCAGGAUUUGACAAAUUAUCAAAACUCAUUUGGGGCAGUUUUUCAUGAUGAAGAAGUUUUUGCUACAACAGUUUACACGCAUGGUCAAACCAUAGGAGCUAUUGUAGCUAAAACUCAAGCUAUCGCGCAAAGAGCUGCACGUUUAGUUAAAGUAACAUAUGAGGAGUUGUCUCCAAUUAUUGUAUCUAUAGAAGACGCAAUCAAACAUCAAUCUUACUUUGAUGGGUUUCCAAAGACAUUUGUUAAGGGUGACGUAGAAGAAGCUUUUCAAAACUCUGAUUACAUUGUUGAAGGUUCUUGCCGAAUGGGCGGGCAAGAACACUUUUAUCUAGAAACUCAAUGUUCUACGGCUAUUCCAAGAGAUAGUGACGAAUUAGAAGUAUUUGCUUCAACACAACAUCCAAGUGAAGUUCAACAUUUGAUUUCUCGUAUGUUAGGAAUACCAUCAGCAAAAAUAAGUUGCCGUGUAAAACGUCUUGGCGGUGGUUUUGGAGGUAAAGAAACGCGCGGUGUUCUAGUAGCUCUUCCAGUAGCUCUUGCUGCAUAUAAACUAAAACGACCAAUACGUUGCAUGUUGGACCGAGAUGAGGAUAUGCUUAUUACAGGAACAAGACAUCCAUUUUUAUUUAAAUAUAAGGUAGCUUGCACCAAAGAGGGAAAGUUGUUAGGAAUAGAAAUUGAAAUUUUUAAUAAUGCUGGCUGGAGUGCAGAUUUAUCUUUUGCUGUUCUUGACAGAGCCAUGACGCAUUUCGAAAAUGCGUAUCGCGUUGAUAACGUCAAAGUAAUUGGAUAUGUAUGUAAAACAAAUUUACCAAGUAAUACCGCUUUUAGAGGAUUUGGUGGUCCACAAGCUAUGUUUGCUGCAGAACAUAUCAUCCGUGAUGUAGCUAGAGUAUGUGGUAAAGAUUAUGUUGAUGUAGCUUAUCUCAACAUGUACAAUACUGGAGACGUUACUUAUUAUAAUACGGUUUUAGAGAAUUGCACUAUCAAAAGAUGUUGGGAGGAAUGUUUAAAGCAAUCGAAAUUUUUUGAUUUACGAAAAGAAGUUAAGGAAUUUAAUAACAAAAAUCGUUGGAGGAAGCGUGGCGUUGCUAUUGUCCCAACUAAAUUUGGCAUAGCAUUCAACAUUCUUCAUAUGAACCAAGCCGGUGCACUGGUUAAUAUUUACGAAGAUGGGUCAGUUUUAUUGACACAUGCAGGAACGGAAAUGGGUCAAGGUCUGCAUAUUAAAAUGAUACAAGUUGCUGCUAGGGUCCUCAAUAUACCGCAAGAAAAAAUUCAUAUAAUGGAAACAGCUACUGAUAAAGUGCCAAACGGUCAACCCACAGCAGCUAGUGUAUCUUCAGAUUUAAAUGGAAUGGCUGUUUUUAAUGCAUGUGAAAAGAUUAAUGAUCGUUUAGCACCAGUCAAAAAAGCUUUACCAAACGGUACUUGGGAAGAAUGGAUUCAUAAAGCAUUUCUUGAACGUAUUAGUCUAUCAGCAACUGGCUUUUAUAAGACCCCAGAAAUUGGGUAUAAUCCACUAACUAAUACUGGUAAACUAUAUUCUUAUUUUACAAAUGGUGCUGCGGUUUCUGUUGUUGAAAUUGAUUGUUUAACUGGAGAUCAUCAAGUUUUAAAAACGGAGAUUGUUAUGGAUAUCGGUACUAGCUUAAAUCCAGCUAUAGAUAUAGGACAAAUUGAAGGAGGUUUUAUGCAAGGUUAUGGCUUAUUAACUCUUGAAGAAAUGGUUUACUCACCAAGCGGUGUUAUGUAUUCUAAAGGACCUGGUAUGUAUAAAUUACCUGGAUUCGCAGACAUUCCAGCUGAAUUCAAUGUAAGCUUGCUAACUGGAGCAGACAAUCCGAAAGCAAUAUAUUCCUCGAAGGCUGUUGGAGAACCACCAUUAUUUUUGGCCUCAUCAAUUUUCUUUGCUAUUAAGGAAGCGAUUGCAGCUGCUAGAAAAGAACAAGAUUUAAAUACUAAUUUCAGUUUGACUGCUCCAGCAACUGCUGCUAGAAUAAGAAUGGCAUGUGAAGAUAAAUUCACUAAAAUGAUUGACGAACCAAAGUCUGGUACAUUCACUCCAUGGAAUGUAAUGGCUUAGAAGAUUAAUGGAAUUAUGCAAUAAUAAUUUAAUGCAUUUUAAUUGUGCAUUAUAAAAAUUUUAUAUAUUUUUUAUAUUAUGCUAAUUUGUUAUUAUAGGCACUUUUUUGCCAAAAUAUAUAUAUAUAUUUAUAUAUAUAUUAUUCUGCUUACAAAAACUUUUAUUUCAUAUUUUAUUAUACUCGUAUUUAACAUUUUAUAAUCCAUAGUCUCUUAACUUUGAUGCUUUGACUUUAAAUUUGUUGCUGAAAUUUUUUUGAUGUCACUGCAAUAUUUUGCAAAGUUCAAAAUUCAUAUAAAUGGACGUACUUAUUUGUUAAAAAAGUGCACCAAAGUUUGGUUAAAUUCGUAAUUGCAGUUUUAAGUAAUAGCUAUACAUUCUUGCGUAAGGCGUUUUUGUAAAUUCACUACAUGAAUUAGGGGAUUUUCGUUUAUUCAGUUCUAGAAUAGUUUUAGCAUAUAGUACUCUUCAAUAAAGAAAAUUUAAUCUUCAAUAAAGAAAAUUCAAUCUUCAAUAAAGAAAAUUCAAUCUUCAAUAAAGAAAAUUCAAUCUUCAAUAAAGAAAAUUCAAUCUUCAAUAAAGAAAUGUUAGAAAUGUAGCGCAGACCGCUAGUAUAAAUUUUGUUGCUGCUCAUGAAAUUUCUUUUUUUUUAAUUUUAAAUUCAAAAUUGACAGAUUCAGAUAUUGAAGGGUUAUUACAGGGUAAGUUUUCUUAAGUCUUCAUAUCUUGUUAAAAUUUCCUUAUUUUGCAGUGAAUUAGAAGGACAAAAGUAUUGGGAUAUAAUUUCAUAAACAAUGCCAUUUCUGUUAUUUUCGAACGACUGAUUGUUAAAAAGUUUCAGAAUUUGUAGACUGCGUAAAAAAAAAAAAACUUAUCUAAAGGUUUUGCAUACUGUUUAACGUUGCAACUUAGAAAUUUUAGUUCUAAUGUAGAACUUUCAGCGCAGCAAGCAUAAACGAAAACCCCCCAUGUAUAUAUGUACUAUAAGAAGUUGUUCAAUUUUCUGUAGACAUAAUGUAGCUAGAAAAGUUAAAAAUUACAUUUUAUUUAAAAAUUUUUAUAAUGCUUUUUAAAUGCGUAUUGUAGAGGAUUUUUGUUUUUUCUGGUUUUAACAUUUAAAUUAAUAAGAAAAUAUUAUUGGAUUUAAAAUGCGUAUAAUUAUUAUUAUUUAUUCAAAAUACAAAGUGUUGAAUAAUCGCAAAUUAAAUUUUUUAAAAUUUUCGAAAAUAAAAAAAUUGUCAUGCAAUCAAUUCUUCAUAUAUGCAGUUUUCUUUACUUGUUUUGAGUGGCCCAAAUUAUACUUAUAAUUUUUACUAUAUUAUAACAAAAAAGUAAUUUUCUAUUUUAAAUAAAACUACGAUUUUAUUUUUAAUUCACAUAAUUUUACUGUUUUUUUUAAUAUUUUUAUUAACAACAAAAAAAGUGAAAAAAAAAAUUUGCUAAUUUUCUGGGAAAGUCAUUUUUUUUCUCUAGGAAAUUUGUGAGUUAAAAGAAUCCUAUAAGAAAUAAUCGAAACAAAAUAAAAAACUAUAAGAAAGUAUAAAAGUAAGUAGCUUUGUUUUAAUUAAACAAAAGUCCAAUUGGAUAAAUUGAAAACAAUUGAAAUAAUUACAUAUUAUUAAUAUACAUUUAUUUACACGUAAAAAUAAUUUAUAAAUUUUUUUAAAUAAAUUCGCAAGAGAUAAAAAUUUGUUGAAACAAAAUUCUCAUCUUUUUAAUCUUCUGAAA